AAUCUCACACAGUCGACUGAAAGCGGAGCUCUCAAACAAUGGAUGAAAAGCGAAGAGACUCCGCCGCUAAUUCGUCUCCGACGGUUUCGGCGAUGGAGGCUUCACCGUCGGAGCAGCCGACUUCUCGGCGGAGAGGCGGUCAGAAGAGGAAAUCGGCCUCCAUCAACAACAGCGGCGGAAGCUCGGCUUCUCAGACGGCUUCUUCGAAGAGACAGGCGAGGGAGAAGCCUCCGGCGGUUCCUUUCUCUCCGAUCCACAUGAAUGGGCCCUGCACUAGGGCGCGCGUGCAGCCGUACAACAGCAGCAGCUUGUCUGAGGCGGCUUUGCUGAAGAGCGAGGUGGAGGCUCGGGAGGCGGCGGCGGCAAGGGCUGAGGAGAUGAGUAGACUGACCGAGAAUUGGGAGGCAAUGGAGGCGAAGAUUGAGGCUGAGUAUGAAGCGAUUAGAUCGAGAGAUGCGAGUUCUCACGUGGUGCCUAUUCAUGCCGGUUGGUUUUCAUGGACAAAAAUCCAUCCACUGGAAGAAAGAAUGCUGCCUUCAUUCUUCAAUGGGAAAUCAGAAAGUAGGACUCAGGAAAUAUAUAUGGAGAUACGGAAUUGGAUAAUGAAAAAGUUCCACCUGGAUCCUGAUACAAAAGUUGAGCUGAAGCAUCUGUCCGAACUUACUGUUGGAGAACCUGAUGCUAGGCAAGAGGUGAUGGAGUUUCUGGAUUACUGGGGAUUGAUUAAUUACCAUCCUUUCCCAGACCAGGAGCCUGCUGCUAUUAAUGUUGAUGUGGAUGCUAACAAGGAUGAAUCUGGGAAAAUUGAAUCAUUGGUUGAAAAACUCUUUAAAUUUGAAGCGGUGCAAUCAUGGAAUCCAAUUGUUGCCGGGAUGAACAUGAACAGUCCAUCCUUUUCAUCUGGUUUGCUUCCAGAAACUGUCGUCACUGAUGAACUAGUGAAGUCUGAAGGCCCUUCUGUUGAGUACCAUUGUAACUCUUGUUCAGCGGAUUGUUCACGGAAGCGAUAUCACUGCCAGAAGCAGGCGGAUUUUGAUCUCUGCGCUGAGUGUUACAACAAUGGGAAGUUUGGGUCAGAUAUGUCCCCACUAGAUUUCAUUCUUAUGGAACCACCAGACGCUAGUGGUGCUAGUGGAGGGAAAUGGACAGAUCAAGAAACUCUUCUUCUGCUUGAAGCUAUAGAGUUAUUUAGAGAUAAUUGGAGCGAGAUUGCUGAGCAUGUUGCAACAAAGACAAAAGCUCAGUGUAUCUUGCACUUUGUUCAAAUGCCAAUUGAAGAUACUUUUUUCAAUCAUGGUGAUGAAAACAGUGACGUUCCCAAGGAAAAUGGGGCAUCGGAUUCCAUCAGUAACAAAGACUCUACUCCUGAAGCUGAUAAAGAUAGUGAUGCUGCUCCUAAAGAUGCUGCAGUGAAAACGGACAACCAAGGUGGGAGUACCGACAAUCAGGACUCAUCCUGUCCAAUGGAUAUCUCAGAGGUUAAUGAGGUCAAGGAAUCAGAUGCGAGUCCUGAAGCUGGAGAGAGCUUUGCAUUGAAGGCUCUCAAGGAAGCAUUUGAAGCCGUGUGCUCUUUUCCAUCACCUGGAGAUAAAUUAUGCUUAGCUGAAGCUGGUAACCCUGUGAUGACAUUGGCUGCAUUUCUAGUAAGACUGGUGGACCCUAAUAUUGCCAACGCAUCAGUUUGUAGCCUAUUGAAAUCUCUCUCUAGUGGUUAUUCCAGUGAGCAGCUUGCGGCCAGGCACUGCAUCCCUCUGGAAGAUCCUCCAGAUGACAAGAAGAGUAUGGAUGAUGCCGAAGAAAUUUCUACUAAAACAACAGAGCAUGAACCUGAGAAGGACAAGGAUGAAAAUGCUGAAAAACUAGAGGAAAAUCCUAAUCCAGUUGUUUUACCUGAUGAUGGAAAUGAUGGAGGAAAGGAUUUUUCUUCUAAGGACCAAAAUGAUGCAGCUUCACCCAAACCUGACAGUACAGACAGAUCAGAUACUGUUAAGGAACCUGAUGUAGUGGCUAUGGAGGAGGAUGUUAAACCAAACUCACAGAGUGCCCCUGGUAGCUCUGAUUUGCCAAACGAAACAGCACCAAAAGAUGCUGAAGAACCAGCAGUCUCAACAUCUCAAACUGAGCUUCAAUCAAGUUCUGCCACUGAACCAGAAGGCGUAGCCGUAGCUGUGGAUGGCUCUCACUCUAAAGAGCCUAUUAAAGAAGAAGAUAUGGCACCUGUUUCUGGAAAUAAAGAGGCUGAUGCAUUGGUUAACUCAAAUUCAACUGAAAAAGACAACAUUGCUGUAGGUGAUAGAGAAGCUGAAGGAAGUGGUAAUGAAAAGAAAGAUUCUGAAGCGACAAAAAAUUAUCUUGAUUCUGAUGAGAAGCUAAAACGAGCCGCAGUGACUGCCCUAUCAGCUGGAGCAGUGAAAGCAAAGCUUCUUGCCGAUCAAGAAGAAGAUCAGAUACUUCAGCUUUCCACAUUUCUAAUAGAAAAGCAGUUGUACAAGCUGGAGACCAAGUUGGCUUUCUUUGCCGAUAUGGAAAAUGUCGGAAUGCGGGUUAGGGAACUGUUGGAUCGGUCGAAACAGAGGCUCUUACAAGAGAGAGCACAGAUAAUUGCAACACGCUUUGGGAUGCCACCGGGAUCAGCUCGUCUAGCUUCACAAAAUCUACCUCCGAACAGGGCAUCAGCUGCUUUCCCAAACGCAGCGUCUAGAACCUUAAUGGGCAUGAACUCCCUUCGGCCACCAAUUUCAAGACCAGUGAUGCCACCGAAUCCUACUUCAAGCACUAUGUUGACUGGAAACGCCACAGGAAGUUCAGUUGGAAUGGAGUAGCCCCUAAGUUUACUGCCAAUCAUCUUAUGCUCCAAAUGUCUGUACACUUUCACUUCUACGAAGCUGAUUUGUAAAUGAUGUUGUGGUGGUGAAAGAGGCCUUAUGCUUAAACAAUGCACUUACUCCGACCGGACUUCUAGAAGGUUUUAUCGAACAGGAAUCAAAAUCAGCUGAAAAGGAUCUAAGAUGGAGGGCAGCUUAAGAGAAUCCCAGCAAUGAGAGGGAUCCUGGCAUGGGGAAGGAAAAGCUUUAGGAAUGCUUUAGUGUGAGUGAUAUCAAUCUGGUUUUGUAGAUUAUAACUGGUGCUGGAUAUUGUAAAAUUGCCAUAAUUUACAUCACCGCCAAUCAAAACAACCAUCUGUAGUAGUUGUGACUGUAUAAUUUAUAUUUUUCCAACA